AUGGGGAAUAUCAUUAAUGAUAAUUGGUUUGUAGGUGGAGAUUUCAACAUGAUUAUGAAAUCUAUGGAGAGGAAAGGUGGUGGCAAAGUUGAGCAAUCUUUAAUAAACAGGUUUACUUGUUUUAUUGCUAAUGUUGGCCUUUAUGACUUGGGUUAUUCAGACUCCCCGUACACUUGGAGGAGAGGGUUUCUUUAUAUGCGUUUGGAUCGGUUUUUGGCUAAUUCUUCUUUUAUCAAUCACUUUCAUAUUAUUAAAGUGCAGCACUUGAGCCCUGUUACAUCUGAUCAUAAUCCUUUACUGCUUACUCUGGCUUUCACUGUUUUUGGGAAUGUUCACACUAAAGUCAAGGAGGCUCAACAUUAUGUUGAUACUUUGGAGGCACAACUUGAAACUAACCCUCAGUUGCUGGAUAAUGUUGUACAAGCUCAUAUUGCUCUUUUAGAUGCUAUUACCGUUGAGGAAAACUUGGUUAAGCAAAAGGCUAAUGAUUCAUCUUUUGUUGUAGGGGACAGAAAUACAAAGUAUUUUCAUGCCACUCUCAAACAUAGAAGAAACAUAAAUAACAUUUUAAAAAUCAGAAAAGGAGAUGGGAGCAUCUUAACUAAUGCUGGAGAGAUUGGUGACAGUGCUGUCACUUAUUUUUCUGAGCUAUUUCAAUCAUCUACACAAACAAUGUCUGUUAAUUCUUCUUAUUUUGUUGAUGAGUAUGAUUAUAUUAAAGAUUUAUCUUUGUCUUAUCCUCCAGAUGAACAUGAAAUUCUGAAUGCUUUUAAAUCUAUUUGCCCAAAUAAAGCCCUAGGCCCUGUUGGAUUAUCAUCUGCUUUCUAUAUUUAA